CCCACCCAUCUUGCCGAUUUCUGGACUCAUCUUCUCUGCUCUCCGUCUCGAGUCCCCAUCUGUUGUCGCCCACGCCAACCUCUUUUUGAAAAGGACCUACGCCGCCGUCUCCGCCUGACAAGCCCACGCUCACCUCUUCCCACACCGCCGCCUGCUUUCCCCUGCCCCGGAGCUCACGCGCUCGGCCUGCUCCCGCCACCGCUGCGGCCACGCGCGCCCCCUGCCUCCACGGGGACGAGGGCCAGCGCAUGCUUGGGGGCUCCUCGGCGGCGAGGCCCGUGAACCAUCACGGCUGGUCAAUCUCCAGGAAAUAGAUCAGGCAGCGCCCUCCGUUCUAGGGAGGGAAGAGGAGAGCACGGCCAGCAAAAACUUCCCCGACGCCUCCCCCAAACGUCCGGAUCAAGCAACUGGUCUUGGCGGCGGCGGGAUUCUUCUGGACGGCGACGGGAGACAAGCUGCAUAGGAGGGAUACGAGGAAGGAACAGGUCAUAAUGGCCGAUAUUCAGUUAGGGUGUUACACUAUAAAAUCCCAUGGAGCCAAAGUGGCAAGACUCCACAUGUACGACUGGAUAAUACUUGUCCUCCUUGCUGUUAUAGAUGGACUGUUGAAUAUAAUUGAACCUUUUCACCGUUUCGUGGGGAAGGACAUGAUGACUGACUUGAGAUAUCCAUUGAAGGGCAAUACGGUGCCCUUUUGGGCUGUUCCGCUCAUUGGGAUUGUAUUACCAUGCGCCAUCUUUGGUGGCAUCUACUUCAAAAAGAAGAAUUUCUAUGAUUUGCACCAUGGCAUACUGGGGAUUCUUUAUUCGGUGCUAAUAACUGCGGUGAUUACUGAUGCAAUUAAAGAUGGAGUUGGCCGCCCACGUCCAGAUUUCUUUUGGCGCUGUUUCCCAGAUGGAAAGGAUAUGUAUGAUAAUAUUACUACUGGUGUUUUGUGCCAUGGAGAGAAGAGUGUCAUCAAAGAAGGUCACAAGAGCUUUCCAAGUGGGCACACCUCAUGGUCUUUCGCUGGUCUGGGCUUCCUUGCGUGGUACCUAACUGGGAAAAUCGCGGUUUUUGAUCGUAAAGGUCACAUCGCGAAGCUGUGCAUUAUGGUUCUGCCUCUACUUACUGCAGCACUCGUCGCUGUUUCUCGAGUGGAUGACUACUGGCAUCACUGGCAAGAUGUAUUUGCUGGAGCUAUCAUAGGUCUCACAGUUGCUUCAUUUUGUUACCUACAAUUUUUCCCAUAUCCUUAUGAUACAGAUGCUUUGUGGCCUCACGCAUAUACCCUCCAGCUAGCUGAGGCACGCAGCAGUGGCAUUGCAAACUCUUAUAGCGUGCGUCCUGCGGAGAUCGAAACUGUCAAUAUACCUGAAGGUCAUGGGCACGGGGGGAUCACCCUAAGGGACACCAGUCCUAUUCUAGACAACAUGGAGUCUGGCAGGCGAUCAUGAAAGGAAGGAGUGAACCAGGAGAUGCCCCAAAUACCAUGAUCAUCCUCACUUAUUGAGCUCGAUUGUUCUCAACACACAUCAGAGCCUCAGAGGCUGUCUUUGGAGCGUUUUCAAGUACACCCUCUGAUGUAUUAUAGAGCUGCUGUGUUGUCACCUCUGGUUUUAGUACUGCAGGUUAUUUUCUGUUAGCUGGAUAGUGUUAGCCUCGUAAGCUUUGUUGUAAAUUACUUAGCGGAUGAUGUUGUUUUGCGGAAAAUGACAUUGCGCAUUAAUUCUUGCUCUUUCUGCGGUGGAUUGAUGCUUGAUCUUCGUGCUUUUGAUCAAGCAGUAUGAUUAUCUUA